AUGAAGCAAUCUAUUAUCACUUCCCUUGUGGCCCUUGCCGCUUCUUGCUCCGGUGUACAGGCCACCGAGAGCUUGAUCAGCCUACCCGUCGGCCUCUGUGCUAGCAUCCUUGGAGAUGCCGAGUGCAAGCAGCAGAGCACCACCAACGGCCUCAUUAACGUCCCCGUUAACGCCUGUGUGGCUGCUCUUGGCCAGGCCAAGUGUGACCAGGCCACUUCCUCCAGCAGCGACAGCGAGUCCUUGAUCAACGUUCCGAUCAACGUCUGCUUGGCUGUCCUCGGCGAGGUCCACUGCAAGCAGAGCUCUGACUCCAACGGUGGCCUGAUCAACAUUCCUAUCAACCUGUGCCUAGCUGUUCUGGGUGAGGCUGAUUGCCAGGAUGGAUCCAUGUCGUCCUCCGCAGCUUCCACCAUCCCUGCUGCUACCUCUGUGAUUGGAUCUUCCAUUCCCACUUUGGCGGCUGCCACCACUGCUCCCUGGAUCGCCCCUGCUGUCACCAGUGCCCCUUCGUCCUCUGCCGUUGGUGUUUCGCCUGUGUCCCCUGUCUCUUCUAACAGCCCUCGUCCUUCCAGUGUCGCUGCUGGACGCCCCUCCUCCGCUAGAGCUUCCUCUGCUAUUACCGUGACUAUUACUCGCACUCAGACUGUCUGUGCCGCUACCUCGGUCUGCGCUGGUGCUACUUCCGCUGGUGCUAAGACUUCUUCCCUGCACCGUGUCACUCCUACCACUGCCGCUGGUUCUGCCACCGGUGCCUGGGUCACUGCUACUCCCAGCUCUGUUCCCUUCAACGCUGCUGGACGUUCCACCGUCUCCGGUGUUGCAGUUGUUCUCGGCGCCAUCCUUGUCGCGGCUCUGCAGAUCUAA